AUGACCACCGCCACCGCCACCACCCCCGCCCCCCGCGUCCUCCUCGUCGGCGCGACGAGCCGUACCGGCCUCUUCGCCGUCCCGCACCUCCUCAAGAAGGGGUGGCACAUUAUCGCGAGCGUGCGCUCUGAGGCGCGCGCGGCCGAGGUGAAGAAGCUUGCCGAGGCCACCGCCGCCGGCACGCUCGAGACGUACGUCCUCGACCUCACCUCGCUCAAGACGCCCGCCGACGCGCGCGCGGUGCUGGACGCUACCAAGCCCACUUAUGUCGUCUGGCCUGCCGGUGCCAACGAGGACGCCGACGCCGAGACGAUCCACGCGAUCGACUUUGUCGCCGCGCAGGCCUUCAUGCGCGCCACGGUCGCCGACACCAACGUGACCAAGUACAUGCACCUGUCGUACCUCCAGAACCGGCGCCGCCACGCGCCGUGGUGGAACGCCGAGGACGGCAAGAUCUCCGACUACUUCAACACCGAGGUGAUCGGUAUUUUCCACAAGGCGCGCGUGGUCAGCGACGGGCUGUUCGCGGCGCUUGUCGCGCAGCGCCGCAAGACGGACCCCGCGUUCCAGGGUAUCUUGUUCCGCCCCUCGGUGCUCGUUGACACCGAGCCCACGGGCAAGUUCCGCAUCGUGCGCGCCGCCGCUACGGGCUCGGUCACCCGCGCUGACACGGCCGACGUGCUCGUGCGCCUCCUCGCCCGCGACGACGUGCACGGCUACGUCGACCUCGAGAACGGCGAGGCUGGGGCCGAUGAGGAGAUUCAGAAGGCCGUCGCCGAGGGCUUUGAUGCCAUUGAGGGCGAGUUUGACUCCACCGAGGCCCUGCUCGCCGAGUACGGUCUGAACUAA